UACACCAAAACGUGACACCCCCAACUCAGUUCCCAACUUUUCUCCCGCGAGCUCUUUUUCUUUCUUUUUUUCCCUUCACCCCCCUUCUUUCCAAGGGAUAGGGUUUUUCCUAGGGUUUGCGUUUUGAGCUACUACCAGGAUUCAGCUCGAUCAUGGCGAACCCCGUUCGACGUAGACCAGUAUCCUCUGGAUCUUCAGGUUCUGGUUCAUCUUCUCGUUCAUCAUCACGAUCUCGUUCUCGUUCCCCUUCACGGUCUCGUUCCCGUUCCAAAUCUGUCUCCUCGUUUUCUUCUCGUUCAAGAAGUGGUAGUUCUCCCAGUCGAAGCCCUCCUCCUCAGCGAAGAAGUCCUCCGGGAGCAGGUAGGAGAGGUCGCUCUCCAGCACCGGCAACUAAACGUGGAUCACCACCACCUCGGAAAGCAUCUCCAGAAUCUUUAAUGCUGCAUGUUGAUCAGCUCACUAGGAAUGUGACUGAGGGACAUCUGAAGGAGAUUUUUGGCAACUUUGGUGAAGUUGUACACGUGGAGCUGGCAAUUGAUCGUAGUGUUAAUCUUCCCCGUGGAUUUGGAUAUGUUGAAUACAAGACUAGAGCUGAUGCAGAAAAAGCACUUCUUUUCAUGGAUGGGGCACAAAUUGAUGGAAAUGUUGUUCGAGCAAGGUUCACCUUGUCUCCACGGCAGAAGGUUUCCUCGCCUACAAAGACUGUUCCUGCUUCUCAAAAGAACGAUGGUGUUGACAUUGAAAAGGAUGCUCCACACAGACAAAGAGAUUCUUCUCCGCGCCGGAAACCUCUUUCACCACCACGUAGGAGAUCCCCACUAGCUCCCCGAAGAGGUGACUCUCCUCGAAGGCGACCAGGUACUCCUCCUCGGCGACGGGUGGAUUCACCGCCGCGGCGGCGAAUGGAUUCUCCUGUUGGUCGUCGUGGAUCCCCUCCCAGGAGGAGACCUGCAUCUCCUAUCAGAAGGCGAUCCCCAUCCCCUCCUCCAAGGCGGUAUAAUAGAUCACCUGCACGUGCUUCUCCUCGAAGGGGUCGUGGCAGUCCUGUUCGUAGGCGCUCUCCCAUCCCAGUUAGGCGACGUUCCCCUCCUAGAAGACUACGUAGUCCUCUUAGAAGAUCACCUGUUGGUCGUCGACGUAGCCGUUCUCCUAUACGCAGGCCUCUUCGUUCACGGUCACGCUCAAUCUCGCCACGCAGGGGCCGACUUCCUCCAAGACGUGGGAGAUCUUCAUCAUCUUCCGCUUCACCGUGUCCUCGAAAGGGAGUCAGACGGAUUUCCAGAAGUCGUAGUCCAAGAAGGCCUGUGAGAGGAAGAAGCAGCAGCCGCAGCCGCAGCAGUAGCAGCAGCUCACCACCUCCUAAACCAUGAGAAGUUUGUGGAUUUGGACCUGUAGAUCUUUCCUUCUGUCUCUCUCUACCAUUGUGUUUUACUAUCUUGUUGCUGGGUGUUAUUUAAAAUUUGUAAAGUACAUGGAAGUAGUACUGUAUCUAGAGUAGACAAUGCUACAUUGAUCUGGAAUAAUGGAAUAGUGUAGUUGUUUAUCUCGAGUUUUCCUAGUGUUUAAUUGGAGCUGCCCUGCACUAUCAAGUUUGUAUGAUUUAUUCUUCAGUUAUUUUUUCGUCUGACACUUUUCAUUUUCA